AGUCAGGGGGAGGCCUUGUCAGUUCAUCUACAAACCCUUCGCUGCCGGCCUAACUAACGACGGCGGCCAUGGGUGGAGGUGCCGCUCUUCUUCUUCUUGUUCCUCCUCCACCUUUCUCUGCUGGAGUCCCCAAAUACCGCUUCCCCUUCCUCACUUGCCACGCGAAACUUUUCUCACUUACAGGGAGACCACUUAUAACCAAUUGUAGCAGGAGAAAGAAGCUUGUCGUACUUGGAGCUGCUUAUUCGUCAGGGACGGACGCCCUGCCGGUGCCGUCGUUGGCGGACCUCGAGAGAUUGGACUCCGAUGAAUUUCCGGCCCUCCGAACUUUCGAGAACGAUUUGGGCAGGCUUUCCGUGGUCGGUGACGUUAGUCUGCAGCAAGCCCUCGCCGCGGCUUCGGCUGAUGGAGGACGCGCAGCAGACGAGCACAUCGCCGCCGGCUUGUCCGUCAUGGUUGUCGAAACAGUCUUUCCUGGGCACCCCGGGGAGCACAGCACGGUCUCUACGAGAUUGUUUUUGCCAGCUAGAAAGGUUAAAGAGAAAGUGAAGAAGCUGAGAAGUUCUCUCGCUGCUGACAUCUUAUCUGGUUCAACCUCUAAUACCAUACUGGCCAUGACAUUCAGGCAAGUUGUGAUUCAGCGGUUGUGGAGUUUUGAGCUUGCCUUGUUCCAACCUGGAACACAGCGCGACAUGAAUGAGCUGGGGAGUCCCAGAGAGGUUCCAAAUUAUUGCACCCUUAGCUCCGCAGAUGAAAAGGUUCUGUCUAUGCUCGCUGAAGCAAUUUGUAAGUGUGCAUUAGAAAACACUAAGAACAAUUUUUUUGGCAACAAAUGGGGCAUGCCCUCCAGAAGAACAUUAGGUUGGCUCAAAAAGCGCAGGAAGAUCACCUCCAUGGACUCAUCAGUAUGUUUGUAUCAGUUUUCUUAUAAUGAAGUAACAGGGAAUGCUAAGAAGCUCGCAGAAGUGCUUGAGUCGAAUAAGAGGAAUUCUGUUCUUGAGGCAGGGAAGUCGAGACAAGCUUGGUGGCCUUUGCCUGCAUACCCAACAGUGGAAAUAGAUGACAUUUCUGAAUUCGGCAAAUUGAUCGAAGAGUAUGUGCCAGCUUACAAGUUGCAGGUAGAUGCAGAUAAAUUUAAAAAUGUGAAGUUCGAGGGAUGGCAAAAGUCUCAAGAUAAUAGGUGGGAGAUUAGUUUGAGCCAUUCCCAAAUGGUAGAGUUGGCUGAUAUUCUGGAUAUGUAUUAUGAGGAUUCAUAUACAGUUCCUCACAAAAAUCUCCACUAUAAGGUGGACUCAGUAUCUUCUAACAACCUGAAGAGUAAGCAAAGUAUUUCUAUUUGGAAAAUUUUAUCAGCUAUGGUUGCCACUGGAGUUAUGGCAGUUAUCUUCUGUGCUUUGGGAAAAAUCUAUUCCCGUGGCUUCUCGAACCAUGGGAAGCCUACUGAACCUUGUGUGUUAUCAGUGGGAGAUAGUGACACUUCUGAGCAUCAGACUUUUAUCCGAACUUGUCCACUAUUUUCAUCAAAUAUAGAUCUUUCUCCUAUGGAGCUGGAAAGUUUAUGCAUCUCUGUCAUGGAAAGAGUUAAACAUGACCUUGGCUUGGCUGGAAGUAUAGAAUUUAAUGCUGAUGUUGGUGCUUGGACCGGAGAAAUUCCAAAUUACUUAAGGACAUUGAAUGGCAUGGAGAUAUUUCAGAAGGGUGAUGCUCCACCUGGUGGUUUUGGAGAAAACCAUGGUGAUGUCACUGCUGAUCCAUCACAUUCCAUUAUUUCUGAGAAGAGACAGUCUCCUGAUGUGGUGGGUGAAGUAACACAAGCACCAUUUGCACAAGAUGUUGCAAGCUAUGAGCUUCUGUUAUCAAGGGAUGGAAAGGUCCUAGGCUUUCAGCCUACAAGUCUUCUGGCCGUCAAUCACUGGACAAGAAACCCGAUAUCCAGUGCACUCUACAUGGGGAAAAAACUCUCACCUGGUCUUUUUGAGCCACGCCUCAAGAUUGAACGUCCAGAUGGAGCGAUCCUGAUGGAGCUGUUGGUAUCGGUCGGUUCUGCUUCACGUUUUUCUUUGGUGAGGCCGCUUGGCAUGGUGAUGCCGUCAUGAUUAUUUCAUGCAAUCAUAAACACAGCGCAGAUUAUUAAGGAGCAGUUGCUGUAUAAGCGUAGACAACUGUAGGGGUUGACGGGUCAAUGCAGCACUAGAAAGUGGACACUUUCUAAGGAGCUACUGCUCCAGCUCUCGAAAUCUUUCACCAAGACAGCAUAUACCAAGGUAAAGAGUGCGACCAUUUGGGGGAAGAUGUAUUUAUUGUUCAGCGAAAGUGAAAAUGAUCUUUGUAUGUGCACCUUCAGCAUUCUUGAAGAGUGCCAUAUGUUUACUGAAUUCCUUGUAUAGAAAUUCGUGGAGGAAAGUAGAAAGUAAUAUAUGUAGUUGAUUGCGCUGUUGUA